AAUCCAAUUCAAUGUCUUAACCCAAGAUCUUCAAGUUUAAGCAACAAACUGCGUAAUCGGGUUUAGGUUUUUGAAGUGGGUAAGCCACUCUAUGGCGGCCACAUCGCAGUCCCUCCGCUUCUUAGGUUCUGCUGCUUCUGGGCCCGGCGGCUGUAGUUUCGACGCUCUCAACCGGAUUCUCGCUGACCUCUGCACUCGGGGGAACCCCAAGGAAGGAGCUUCAUUAGCUUUGAGGAAACAUUUGGAGGAAGAGACUAGAGAUCUUAGUGGGGAAGGAUUUUCCCGUUUUAUGGAUCAGUUGUAUGAUCGAAUUUCAAGUCUCUUGGAAAGCAAUGAUGUUGCAGAAAACUUGGGAGCUUUGAGAGCAAUUGAUGAAUUAAUAGAUGUGACACUUGGGGAGAAUGCGUCCAAGGUUUCAAAGUUCUCUAAUUACAUGCGGACUGUGUUUGAUGUCAAGCGUGAUCCUGAUAUAUUGAUCCUUGCUAGUAAAGUUCUUGGUCAUCUAGCUAGGGCAGGCGGAGCAAUGACUGCGGAUGAAGUGGAGUUUCAGGUCAAAACAGCCAUGGAUUGGCUUCGUGGGGACAGAAUAGAGUAUCGUCGUUUUGCUGCUGUCUUAAUCUUGAAGGAAAUGGCUGAGAAUGCUUCUACAGUAUUCAAUGUUCAUGUUCCUGAAUUUGUUGAUCAUAUUUGGGUUGCAUUGAGGGAUCCAACAUUGCCUGUUCGAGAGCGUGCAGUGGAGGCAUUGCGUGCUUGUCUUCGUGUUAUUGAAAAACGUGAAACACGCUGGCGUGUGCAAUGGUAUUAUAAAAUGUUUGAGAGUACACAAGAUGGAUUGGGUAAAAACGCUCCUGUUCACAGCAUACAUGGUUCUUUACUGGCAGUUGGAGAGCUUUUGAGGAACACAGGUGAGUUCAUGAUGUCGAGGUACAGAGAAGUUGCUGAUAUCAUUAUCAAAUAUCUAGAGCAUCGUGAUCGACUUGUUCGCCUUAGCAUAACUUCAUUGCUUCCUCGCAUUGCUCAUUUCCUACGUGACCGAUUUGUAUCAAGCUACUUGACGAUAUGCAUGAAUCACGUUCUCGCAGUUCUAAGAAUACCAGCUGAACGUGCUAGUGGAUUUGUUGCCCUUGGGGAGAUGGCUGGUGCUUUGGAUGGGGAACUGGUCCACUAUUUGCCGACAAUCACUCCUCACUUACGUGAAGCAAUUGCACCACGCAGGGGUAGACCCUCACUUGAAGCUUUAGCUUGUGUUGGGAACAUCGCAAAAUCCAUGGGUCCUGCAAUUGAGUCCCAUGUCCGUGUUCUUCUAGAUGUUAUGUUUUCUGCUGGUCUUUCCCCUACACUUGUAGAAGCACUUGAUCAAAUUACUGCUAGUAUUCCAUCUCUGUUGCCAACCAUUCAAGAUCAGCUGCUUGAUUCAAUCUCCUUAGUUCUUUCAAAGUCACAUUAUUCUCAGGCAAGGCCACCUACUGCCUCAGUUCGAGGCAAUGUAGCAAACAGCCCUCUGCAAGUGUCAGAGCAUAGUAGUCCUGCACUUGUUCAACUUGCUCUACAGACUCUGGCUGGCUUUAAUUUCAAGGGGCAUGAACUUCUUGAGUUUGUGAGAGAAUCAGUUGUUAUUUAUCUGGACGAUGAGGAUGGAACUACACGAAAAGAUGCAGCCCUUUGUUGUUGCAAAUUAGUAGCAAAUUCCUUUUCUGGUAUGAUGUGUACGCAGCUUGGUUCUAUUCGGUCAAAUCGAGGAGGAAAGCGCCGCCGACUUGUUGAGGAGCUAGUGGAGAAGCUUCUCAUUGCAGCUGUUGCAGAUGCUGAUGUUAAUGUUCGCCAUUCAAUAUUUUCCUGUCUACAUGGAAAUCAAGGUUUUGAUGAUUAUUUAGCACAGGCUGAUAGUCUCCGUGCUGUUUUUGCUGCUUUAAAUGAUGAGGAUUUUGAUGUUCGAGAAUAUGCUAUCUCAGUAGCAGGAAGGUUAUCAGAGAAAAAUCCUGCAUAUGUUCUACCAGCACUUCGCCGUCAUCUAAUACAGUUAUUGACCUACUUAGAGCAGAGUGCAGAUAACAAAUGCAGAGAAGAGAGUGCAAAGUUACUUGGUUGUUUAAUACGCAACUGUGAACGACUAAUACUUCCAUAUAUUGCUCCGAUACACAAGGCACUUGUAGCUCGCCUCCUUGAGGGUACUGGAGUAAAUGCCAAUAAUGGCAUUAUUAGUGGAGUUCUUGUAACUGUUGGGGAUCUUGCUAGAGUGGGCGGUUUUGCAAUGAGACAAUACAUACCUGCACUUAUGCCUUUAAUUGUUGAAGCAUUAUUGGAUGGAGCAGCAGUCACAAAACGUGAAGUAGCUGUUGCAACUCUUGGUCAAGUUGUUCAGAGCACUGGGUAUGUUAUAGCUCCAUAUAAUGAAUACCCCCAAUUACUUGGCUUACUCUUGAAAUUGUUGAAUGGUGAGUUAUUGUGGUCAACCAGAAGAGAAGUUCUAAAGGUUCUUGGCAUUAUGGGUGCUCUAGAUCCCCAUGCACAUAAAAGAAAUCAACAAAGUCUGCCAGGGUUGCAUGGAGAUGUUACCCGUGCAGCUAGUGAUUCAGGUCAACACAUUCCAGCCACAGAGGAAUUGCCUGUGGACCUUUGGCCAUCAUUUGCUACAUCUGAAGAUUAUUAUUCCACUGUUGCUAUCAAUUCUCUCAUGCGAAUUCUAAGGGAUCCUUCACUUGCUAGUUACCACCAAAAGGUGGUUGGGUCUCUUAUGUUCAUAUUCAAGUCAAUGAGUCUUGGAUGUGUCCCUUAUUUGCCAAAGGUUUUGCCUGAUCUCUUUCACACGGUGCGCACAUGUGAUGAUUCUCUGAAGGAUUUUAUAACAUGGAAGCUUGGAACUCUUGUGUCAAUUGUGCGCCAGCAUAUUCGUAAAUAUCUGCCAGAGCUGCUGUCUCUAGUUUCUGAAUUAUGGCCAUCAUUCAGCUUACCAGCAAGUAGCCGUCCCUUAUGUGGUUUUCCUGUCCUCCAUCUAGUGGAGCAGCUUUGCCUAGCUCUCAAUGAUGAAUUCAGAAAGUAUCUCCCUGAUAUUCUUCCAUGCUGCAUUCAAGUUCUAAGUGAUUCAGAACGUUUUAAUGACUAUACCUAUGUCCUUGACAUCCUUCAUACCUUGGAAGUAUUUGGUGGAACACUGGAUGAACAUAUGCAUCUACUUCUUCCUGCUCUUAUUCGAUUGUUUAAGGUGGAUGCUUCUGUGGAAAUUAGACGUGCUGCUAUCAAAACAUUGACAAGAUUGAUUCCCCGGGUUCAGGUUACAGGUCAUAUUUCUUCUCUUGUGCAUCACUUGAAGCUAGUUUUGGAUGGGAAAAGUAAUGAGCUUCGAAAGGAUGCUGUUGAUGCGCUUUGUUGCCUGGUUCAUGCCCUUGGGGAAGACUUCUCUAUUUUUAUCCCAUCGAUACACAAACUUUUAUUAAAAUAUCACUUGCGGCAUAAAGAAUUUGAAGAAAUUGAACUUCGAUCACGAAGACGUGAACCAUUAAUCUUGGGAAGCACAGCUGCACAAAGAUUAAGUCGUAGACUGCCUGUGGACGUUGUUAGUGACCCUUUAAAUGAUAUGGAGAUUGAUCCCUAUGAAGAUGGGAGUGAUGCACAGGGACAGGUUAGAAGCCACCAGGUCAAUGAUGGUCGAUUACGCACUGCUUGUGAGGCUUCCCAGCGUUUUACCAAAGAAGAUUGGGCAGAAUGGAUGAGGCAUUUUAGCAUUGACCUUCUAAAGGCGUCUCCUUCUCCAGCAUUACGAACCUGUGCGAGGCUUGCACAAUUACUGCCUUUUGUUGGGCGUGAGUUGUUUGCUGCUGGUUUUGUUAGUUGUUGGUCACAACUGAAUGAGACUAGUCAGAAGGAGUUGGUUCAAAGUUUGGAGAUAGCAUUUUCUUCUCCCAAUAUCACCCCUGAAAUUCUGGCUGCUCUUCUUAACUUGGCAGAGUUCAUGGAGCAUGAUGAGAAACCUCUUCCCAUUGACAUCCGUCUUCUUGGUGCACUUGCUGAAAAGUGUCGUGCAUUUGCCAAGGCACUGCAUUACAAAGAAAUGGAAUUUGAAAAUGCCCACACAAGGAAGACGGAUGUUAACCCUGUAGCUGUUGUUGAAGCUCUUAUACAUAUAAAUAAUCAGCUACACCAGCAUGAGGCUGCUGUAGGAAUAUUGACAUAUGCUCAACAAAAUUUGGAUGCUCAAUUGAAGGAGUCUUGGUAUGAGAAAUUGCAGAGGUGGGAUGAUGCUCUCAAGGCAUACACUGCUAAAGCUGCACAAGCAACGACUCCUCAUCUUGUUCUGGAAGCUACAUUAGGACGGAUGCGAUGCCUUGCUGCAUUGGCUCGUUGGGAAGAGCUCAACAGCUUGUGCAAAGAGUAUUGGACACCAGCUGAGCCAGCAGCUCGAUUAGAAAUGGCACCAAUGGCUGCUAAUGCUGCUUGGAAUAUGGGAGAAUGGGAUCAAAUGGCAGAAUAUGUGUCUAGAUUAGAUGAUGGUGAUGAAACUAAACAAAGAGUUUUAGGAAACACUGCUGCUAGUGGUGAUGGAAGUAGUAAUGGUACAUUCUUCAGGGCUGUUUUGUUUGUUCGAAGAGGAAAGUAUGAUGAAGCACGGAUGCAUGUUGAGAGAGCUAGAAAGUGCUUAGCGACAGAGCUUGCUGCUCUGGUUUUAGAAAGCUACGACCGUGCUUACAGCAACAUGGUCCGUGUUCAGCAACUUUCAGAGCUAGAAGAGGUCAUUGAUUACUACACACUUCCUGUUGGUAAUCCAGUUGCCGAAGAACGGCGAGCCCUUAUUCGCAACAUGUGGACUGAGAGGAUCCAGGGGACCAAACGAAAUGUUGAGGUCUGGCAAGAAGUUUUGGCUGUGAGGGCACUUGUCUUACCUCCAACAGAAGAUGUUGAAACGUGGCUAAAGUUUGCUUCUCUUUGUCGAAAAAGUGGACGGAUCAGUCAGGCCAGAUCUACCUUAGUUAAACUCUUACAGUAUGACCCAGAAACAUCUGCUGAAAAUGUGAGAUAUCAUGGACCUCCUCAAGUAAUGCUGGCAUACUUAAAGUACCAAUGGUCACUUGGGGAGGAUCAUAAGCGAAAGGAAGCUUUUGCCAGGCUGCAGAACUUGGUUUUAGAGCUUUCAAGUUCCCCAAAUAUUCAAUCAGUUCCUUCAACUAGUUUGAUGAACACUACAAGUGCAAACGUUCCUCUCAUCGCUCGUGUCUAUCUUAGACUUGGAACCUGGAAGUGGGCACUUUCUCCCGGAUUAGAUGAUGAUUCAAUACAAGAGAUCCUUGCUGCAUUUAGGAAUGCUACUCAGUGUGCAACAAAACGGGCAAAAGCAUGGCACAAAUGGGCAUUGUUCAAUACUGCUGUUAUGUCUCAUUAUACCUUGAGAGGUUUUUCAACUAUUGCUUCUCAGUUUGUAGUUGCAGCAGUCACAGGUUAUUUCCAUUCUAUAGCAUGUGCAGCAAACGCUAAAGGUGUUGAUGAUAGUUUACAGGACAUACUCCGCCUACUUACAUUAUGGUUCAACCAUGGAGGCAGUGCAGAAGUUCAAAUGGCACUUCAGAGAGGUUUUGCCCAUGUUAAUAUCAAUACAUGGCUGGUUGUUUUACCUCAAAUAAUUGCCAGGAUACACUCAAAUAACCAUGCUCUGAGAGAACUCAUACAGUCUCUUUUGGUGCGAAUUGGGGAGAGUCAUCCACAGGCUCUUAUGUACCCACUUCUUGUGGCAUGCAAGUCCAUAAGCAACUUGCGUAGAGCAGCAGCUCAAGAAGUCGUUGACAAAGUGCGGCAACAUAGUGGCUUACUUGUGGAUCAGGCACAACUUGUUUCAAAGGAGCUAAUCAGGGUUGCAAUUCUCUGGCAUGAAAUGUGGCAUGAAGGACUGGAAGAAGCUAGUCGUUUAUACUUCGGCGAACAUAACAUUGAAGGGAUGCUCAAGGUGUUGGAGCCAUUACAUGAAAUGCUUGAAGAAGGGGCUAUAACGGAUAACACUACCAUAAGGGAGAGAGCAUUCAUAGAGGCAUACCGUCAUGACUUGCUACAGGCAUACGAGUGUUGCUUGAAGUAUAAGAGAACUGGAAAAGAUGCUGAGCUUACCCAGGCAUGGGAUCUCUACUAUCAUGUUUUCAGAAGGAUAGAUAAACAACUUCAAAGUCUUACCACGCUUGAUCUGCAGUCCGUUUCUCCAGAGCUUUUGGAAUGCCGUGAUUUGGAACUUGCUGUUCCUGGGACAUAUCGUGCAGAAUCACCCGUGGUGACUAUUGCAUCAUUUGCACCCCAGCUUGUUGUCAUAACUUCCAAACAGCGACCCCGGAAAUUGACUAUUCAUGGUAAUGAUGGUGAAGAUUAUGCUUUCUUGCUUAAAGGACAUGAAGAUUUACGUCAAGAUGAGCGUGUCAUGCAGCUUUUUGGUUUGGUGAAUACUUUGCUAGAGAAUUCUAGAAAAACUGCAGAGAAGGAUCUGUCUAUUCAACGAUAUUCUGUGAUUCCGCUGUCUCCAAACAGUGGGUUAAUUGGUUGGGUCCCAAAUUGUGACACCCUGCACCAGCUUAUACGUGAAUACAGGGAUGCUAGACAGAUCACAAUAAAUCAGGAGCACAAGCAUAUGCUAAAUUUUGCUCCAGACUAUGACCAUUUGCCACUUAUUGCUAAAGUGGAAGUAUUUAAUUAUUCUCAGCAAAACACUGAUGGAAAUGAUCUACGAAGGGUCCUUUGGUUAAAAAGCCGUACAUCUGAAGGGUGGCUAGAGAGGAGGACAAACUAUACCCGAAGUUUAGCAGUUAUGAGCAUGGUUGGUUACCUUCUUGGCUUAGGUGAUCGACAUCCAAGUAAUCUCAUGUUGCACCGCUAUAGUGGGAAAAUCUUGCACAUUGAUUUUGGAGAUUGCUUUGAAGCCUCUAUGAACCGGGAGAAGUUCCCUGAAAAGGUUCCUUUCCGCUUGACUAGAAUGCUUGUGAAAGCAAUGGAAGUUAGUGGCAUUGAGGGAAAUUUCCGUUCAACAUGUGAAAAUGUGAUGCAAGUGCUCCGAACAAAUAAGGAUAGUGUCAUGGCGAUGAUGGAGGCUUUUGUUCAUGAUCCUCUGAUUAAUUGGCGUCUUUUCAAUUUCAAUGAAGUCCCGCAAAUGUCAAUGUUUGCAAGUACUCAUGUCCCUGCUGUUGUAAACACUGAAGAAACUGCUCCAAAUAAAGAGCUUUCUCAUCCACAGCGAGGUGCUCGUGAAAGGGAACUUCUUCAGGCUGUUAACCAACUCGGUGAUGCCAAUGAGGUUUUGAAUGAGCGUGCUGUGGUUGUCAUGGCUCGAAUGAGCAAUAAAUUAACCGGACGGGAUUUUGCUUCUUGCUCGUCAGUUCCUACCAGUUCUAUGCAACAUGCAGUAGACCACAGCACUAUAAUUUCGGGAGAUAAUCGGGAAGUUGAACAUGGAUUAUCAGUUAAACUUCAAGUUCAAAAGUUAAUUAUCCAAGCCACAUCACAUGAAAAUCUAUGCCAGAACUAUGUCGGGUGGUGUCCCUUUUGGUGAGAACUAAAGUAAAAACAAUCACUCGUUCCUCUUAUAAUGUUGUACAUAGCUGGAAGACACUACUGUCAAGUAGAGACAGUACUUCAAAUUUUAUAUAACAUUGUGUGUUAUGUACAUGAGUUGAUUUUUUCUUUUGCAAUGUAUUGGAUGAAUCCAUACUAUAAAUCAAUAAUUAUGUCGCCUUUCG